AUGCCCACGGACACGACCCUGUCGAACGCGGGCUCAUCCACGACCACCUCACCAAAGGAGACGGGAUCUACGCGCGACGACGCCUCGGGGAUCGGGAGCAACAGGACGCUCGUGAUCACCCUCAGCAGUGUGCUCUCGGUAGUGGGGGCUUUGAUGAUUGUUGCUGCCGUCUUGAUCUGCUGGAGAUAUUGGCAACGGCGGCGCCUACAUUUCUUCGCCAGAGGCAUCUCGCCAAUCGACGACGACGAAAUCGCAACCUGGAAAGUGCCCCGGAGCGAGAAAGUUGAAUAUCCAGGCGGGGAUACUGAUGGCGAAGCGGCAGCAGCAGCAGGAGGAACUACAGCGGCGGCGGCGGCGGGGACAGGAAGUGGCCACCGAGAGAGCGGGAGCCCGUCACACGGGAAGCAUGCGUCAACCAGCUCGGCAAAGAAACCACCAAGCGUCAUUGUGUACAGCAACGCCCUCGGCCAAGGGUACCGGGUCUCGAGCGAUGAGGGCUCGCCCCGUUCCUUCGUCCACAACAGCACGCGCGUGAGUUACACGGGCGGCAGAAAGCUCAGCCUAGACAAAGCACUCCCGCAGACACCCAUCCAAGCGAGGGCACCGAACGCGCGAGCCGGGCUCACAGAUGAGGCCAUCCCAGGCGACGAGCCCUUCCUCCCAAGCCCCAAACGCCAGACCUCGCGUCUCUCCAAGCUACCGCCUACGUUUUUAUCACAGCACCGCCGUGCCGCCUCCCACCACCACCACCUCAGGACAAGGAGUUCGAGGAGCAGUACCCGCAGCUUUGCGGGCUACGAGCGCUCUGCCGCCGGCUCUGACAUGGAACUUUCACCCCGCCAUUCGCACGACGCCUAUCCUACUCACAGUGGCCAUUCGCGCGUUUACUCGUCGUCAUCUAUCCCCCCGCGUCUCUCCUUCGGCGACGAAGGCGUCUUUGGUGGCAGUCUCUCAUCUCCGUCAGCAUCGCGCCCGUGGUUUCGCGAUGAGUUUCACGGUGACAACAUUGGUCGCGCGAUUGGCUGA